AUGGGUCGCUAGGCGCGCGCGCACGACAACCUCCGUUCAUAAAUAUUCACGCUAAUCUCCACCCGACUCCACUCAAGGAAACUUAGAAUCUCAGAAACCUUCCUUGGGAUAACAGGACAGAAGAGGAUGGAGAGGCUAACUUGAGAGGAAACAAAAAAUACAAUCAGGAGGUCAGAUGGCAAGAUUGUAGCCUACUUCGCCACCCAAGGCUAUUCACCUCUCUACGGAGCGGGUAGAUGAUAUGCGGCGCAUACGACUGAUUUAAGAAAAAUGGCACUUGAUGAAGUCAAAAAAAUAUGCGUAUCAAUCCCUCGGCGAUUUUUUGAGUAUUCAACACCAAAAAUAUUGCGAAUACGAAGUAAGAAAGUUGGAGCAAUCAAUCGCACCAUCCAGCUUAUAGUACUCAUCUAUGUAAUCGGGUAUGUCUGCUAUUGGAAGAAAGGUUACCAAGAUACAGACUCCAUUCUCAGUUCAGUUACCACCAAGGUGAGGGGUAUCGCUGUGAUAAACACACCUGACCUCGGCCUCCGGAUCUGGGACGUUGCUGACUACGUAAUCCCACCACAGGAGCAGAACUCAUUCUUUGUGCUGACAAACCUGAUUAUGACCCAGAACCAAACAGAGACCUACUGUGCAGAGAUCCCGAGCGUAGCUUCUACUUGCUCCUCAGACAAGGACUGCAAAGUUGGAAUAAGAGGUCUGAGAAGCAAUGGUAUGCAGACAGGUAAAUGUGUGAACUUAAAUCGCACAGUUAAAACAUGUGAGAUCUUUGCCUGGUGUCCCUUGGAAAGAGGCGAUAAACCACCCAAUCCUCCAGUGUUAGCAGGCACAGAACAUUUCACAGUGCUGGUGAAGAACAACAUCCAAUUUCCAAAGUUCAACUUCAUCAAAAGGAACGUCCUUCCACAUGUAAACAGCUCCUAUUUGGAGCACUGUGUCUUUAACCGCUCUACCGACCCAGAAUGCCCGAUCUUCAGGCUCAAAGACAUCAUAGAAGAGGCAGAGGAGGACUUCCAGACCAUGGCGAUUCAUGGUGGAGUGAUGGCGUUCCAGAUCAGAUGGGACUGUGACCUGGACUGGGCAGACAGGUGGUGUGUGCCACAAUACAAAUUCCGGCGUAUUGACAAACACAGAGGAGGCUCAGUUACAACAGGAUAUAAUUUCAGGUAUGCAAAAUAUCACAAUAAGGACCAGAAAACCAGAACUUUAAUCAAAGGAUAUGGAAUUCGCUUUGACAUUAUGGUAUUUGGACAGGCUGGCAAAUUUAAUAUUGUUCCAACACUGGUCAACGUAGGGGCUGGUUUGGGUCUCCUCGGCUUGGUCACAUUUCUUUGUGAUUUGAUUGUCCUUAAUUGCUUGACCAAAGGGAGGCAUUACAGAGAACGGAAACAUUCAUAUGAUCCAAAUUAUGAGCCCAUCUCACCCCAUCUUGAACAGGAUCCAAAUUACGAGCCCAUCUCACCCCAUCUUGAACAGGAUCCAAAUUACGAGCCCAUCUCACCCCACCUUGAACAGGAUCCACUAUAAGAGCCCAUCUCCCCCCACCUCCCCCCAGGAUCCACAACAGGUGAUUGUUGAAACAGAGGAAGCAGCCUAAUCCUGCACAUGCUUUCUGUAAACACCUCAGACAUGUUUCAACAUAUUAAAUGAAUUGGUAUUA